AUGCUGGGCCAAGCCCACGAGACCGUUGCCUUGCCCUGGGUCAGCUCCGCUAUGCCUAUGAUGGAGCAUCACGAGAGCCACAAGAGCGAAGAGCGCCAUGAUGCCCACUUUGAUAGCCUGACAAAGCGUCAAGCAUACUGCCUCUUCGCUUCUCAUAUUCUAUCUAUGUGGAAUUCACGGAUGUAUGAAUUUGGUGUGAUUUUAUUCAUUCAGGCCUCCUUCCCGGGGAAUCUCACAGCGUCGUCCAUCAAUGGUAUCGCUGAGACCGUUUGCGUGCUCUUGUUCGCUAGCGCCCUUGGCCGCUGGGUUGACUGCACUCCUUCCCGCCUUCGAGUCCUUCUCAUAACUAUCGUCAUUAAUCGCAUCAGCAUUCUACUCUCUUGUAUAACAUGGUUCGUCAUCCUGUCCUUCAGCUAUCCAGUCCCAAAACAGGUCUUUUUCGCAAUGGCCCUUAUUCUCGGCAUGGUCGAGAAGCUCUCUCGAGGAACCAACCUCCUUUCGAUGGAGCGAGACUGGGUUCCGACGCUCGCCAAUGUCUCCAUCGAUGCCAAACAUCCUGCAACUUAUGACCUGACGCACCUCAAUACGACAAUGAGACGGAUAGAUAUGCUGUGCAAAUUGAUCGCGCCACUGGCCAUCUCUACCUUCGUAUUCACCGUUGAAUCAGAAAGAGUCGCGGUUGUCGUGCUGGCUGCCAUGAGUACCCUAAGUUUGGGUCCUGAGUGUUGGGGUGUAAAAGAGGUAUGGGACCAUAACAGCCGACUGAGAGCACGGAAAGGAAGAGUCGAAGAUACUGCAACAGGCAGUAAUCAAGAUCAACCAAUGCAGCUAUGCUACACCAAGACUCCAUCAGCACGACUAGCGCCAGAUUUAUUUGGGAAGGUCGCCUUGCAAGUUAUGGGCUCAAUCCGCACAUAUGUGGCCGACCUCGGGUACUACUUCAGCACCUCUGUGUGGAUACCUUCUCUCUGCGCCGCCGUACCCCAUGCAUCCGUCCUUACCUUCUCAGGGACUAUGCUGACAUACCUUCUCAACGCCGGAUAUUCUCUAAACACAAUCACAGGUGCCAGGGCUAUCGGAGCGGUGUUUGAGAUUGGCAGCACGUUCAUCUUUCCGUGGGCCGUGGGAAUACUCUCUACACCGAAGCAUGCGACCUGCUGGUAUAAUGUAGGAGAUUAUCAUGAGGUCGAGCAGCGAGAGCCAUCCUCAAUAUCUGACACAAGUCUUGGCGACACGGACGAGAACCACGAGCAGUGUGGCCAGAGCGGCCCUAUAACCGAGCAUAGUGUUAUAAGAGUAGGCUCUUGGGCCCUUGGUGGUCUAGUUCUGAGCCUGGUAAGCAUACCUGCACCUCCCAUGGUCUUCUCAAGCUCUGUCGAAGAUCAGUGCCAAUUGAACUACUCCCAGAUCCCUGUUGUCCUCAGCCUAUUCUUUCUCGAUGCAAGCCUCCAUACUUCAAUCACUAGUACCUCCAGCCCACAUCAAUCUCCCAUAACACCUUAUCCCCUCAACACCAUUAUCCUCAUUUCCUCCAUCUCUAUAUCGCUCCUCUGCCGUUGGCUUUAUGAUCUUUGCGCUACCCAAUUAACACAGACGCUGGUCCCGGCCACAAAACGCUCUUCCUUCGGAGGUACCGAGAUGUCGAUCGUCAGCCUAGUCAGUCUUGGACAUUGGAUCGCGGCGGCAGUGUGGCAUACUCAGAGCGACUUCAAGUGGUUGGCGCUCGGCAGUUUCGCGGUUGUUGCUAUUGGGGUAUUAGCUUACUACUGCUGGCAAGGCUGGUGGAGAAGGCGGCGAAGAGCGAGCGGAGAGCGGAUUGGAGAAGAGCUUGGAACAAACAGUGUACUGUAA